AUGGGGCAGAGCACGUCGGCAGCAGUAAUGGAAGCGGUGACGGCCGUCACCGGCGUGGUCAUGCCUACCAAAGACCCACUGGAUGCGGCAGGGACCUGCAUGUUUGACGACAAGGUCAUGUCCGAGAAGCUGCCCGCGCCGGUCGUGAAGCGGUUCCAAGAGUGCCUAAUCAGCGGAGAGCCAACUUCGGAGGAGGACCAGAAAGUCAUUGCCGACGUGCUCUUCGAGUGGGCUCGAGAGCGUGGCUGCGUGGAUUUCGCCCACUGGUUCUUUCCCCUUCGCGGCGGCGGAGGGGCAGUGGGCGGCAUGCUGGGUGCCUACAAGCAGGACACGCUGAUCGAUUUGGAGUUCUCCUCAAAGUUUGUCACGAAGCCCAUGAAGGCGUGCCUGCCCCACGAGCGCCUUUUCCAAGGGGAGACCGACGGCUCAUCUUUUCCCAACGGUGGCUUGCGAGUGACGCACUCCGCGGCAGCUUUCACCACCUGGGAUAGGAGUUCGCCGCCUUUCGCACUGAACAAGACGCUCUACAUCCCCUGCGCCUUCGUCACACAUUUUGGCAAGUGCAUCGACGAGAAGACGCCUCUGCUGCGAUCCAUGGAUGCCGUGACGACCCAGGGCCUUCGGAUGUUGAAGGCAAUUGGACUUGGCAAAGGCACUUCAACCAUGUUCAGCUACUUGGGCUGGGAGCAGGAGUUUUUCGUGAUCCGCGCUGAGCAUUUCAAAGCGCGGCCGGACCUCGUGAACACGGGGCGCACGCUUUUCGGGAAGUUGCCAACGAGACACCAGCAGGGUGACCUGAACUACUUCCAGCCGAUCCCGGGCAAGGUCGCUGAGCUCCUGGACCGCGCUCAGGCGGUGAUGCUGGAGGUUGGCUGCCCCAUGGCCGUGAAGCACAACGAGGUGGCCCCCGGCCAGCAUGAAAUGUCCCCCGUCUUUCGGGUGGCCAACGUCUCCUGCGACAGCAACGUCCUCUUCAUGGAGGUCAUGAACAGGGAGGCGGCCAAGCUGGGCCUGCAGGUUUUGUUCCAUGAGAAGCCCUUCGCGGGCAUCAACGGCAGCGGCAAGCACGCCAACUGGUCAGUAGGCACAGACACUGGACUGAACUUCUUCUACCCCGGAAAGACGGAAGAAGGUGCCAAGCUGUUCGUGACCGGCAUUGCUUGUCUUUCCUACGGUCUGGCAAAGUACAACGAGCUGGUGCGCUGCACGGUGGCCACGGCCGGCAACGACCACCGCCUGGGAGCUCAGGAGGCCCCGCCGGCCAUCAUCUCGCUGUACCCAGGGCAAGGUUUCGAGCAGUAUGUGGACAGCGUAAUCGCCGGAGGCGAUCUCCUGGGCUACAAGGCUGAGAAGAAGAAGCAGCCCACGGGUUGCUCGCAGGCCAUGUUCAUCGAGGCAAAUGUGGAGGACCGAAAUCGCACGGCUCCCUUCCCCUUCUGCGGGAACCGCUUCGAGUUCCGGGCGGUGGGCAGUUCGCAGAACUGCUGCCUGCCCGUCAUGGUCUGCAACGCCAUCAUGGCCGCGGGCAUGGGGCAGCUGGCGGAGAUGGUGGAGAAAGGCAAGAGCCACCGCGACGCGGUGGCGGAGCUCUUUAAGGAGAACAAGCACGUGAUUUUUACGGGAAAUGGAUACUCGGCAGAGUGGAAAGAGGAAGCUGCCAAGCGAGGCUUGCCAAAUCUGAACACGACGCCGAAAGCCAUCGCCACAUGGAACUCCGACAAGAACACGACGCUGUUCGAGACACUGAAGAUCUACACCCCGGAGGAGACAGCUGCACGGCAAGAGGUCAUGUAUGAGAAUUACGUCACCUGCCUUUCCAUCGAAGCGGAGACGAUGAUCAACAUGGCAGAGACUGGCAUAUUGCCAGCUUGCGCCAAGGAUUUGCAGAAAUGCACCGGCUCCUUCAGCAAAGAGUUUGAGGCACCGAGAAAAGCCGCUUAUGAGGAGAUUGUGGAUCAGCUGGAGAAGCUUAAAUCUGGCGUGGAGGCGAAGCCGCAUGGCGACUUGGAAAAGGAGGCCGUCUACCUUUGCGACACCCUGAAGCCAUUGAUGAACUCUCUGCGGCAGGCGGUCGACAAGGCCGAAACAAUCAUGGAGACCAGCAUCUAUCCGUACCCAACCUACGAGCAGAUGAUCUACUCGCAUCAUUUUUGA